ACUUGAAAGGAUGGAAGUACCUGCUUUUUUCAAGAGCAAAGAUCUCUUCCCUCUUGAGUCUAGUUUGAAGGUCAAACUUGAUAGAAAGAACUGGCCAUCUCACCAUGCUGUAGUUUCUGCAGUGAGGGCAAAAAUGCCUUUAAUAUACCAGAGAGAUGUUUCCCAUACCAAGUGGCACUAUGCGUGCUACCAGAAAGAGUGCCUGAAGAAUGUAGCCCAGGACCUUCAUUUUGCCAAAGAUGUUAUUAAGCAGAGGGUGCCAUCAGCUCAGUCGUAUAAGGAAUAUGACCCCACACGCCUAUACGAUUUUUACAGUCUCAUUCAAACACAAGAAAGUGAACACAUUAUUUCUAAGAAGUGGCCAAAGAAGCUCAGACCACUGAGGAGAUUAUCGCCCACGAUGAAAUUAAACGUUACUCCUGCCAAGCAAGUCAUCACUGCGAAUGUUCCUUUCUCCUUGGAAGAAGAUAUCUGGAAAGCCAAGGCAGAAAGUAUACUUGCAGAGGCAGAUCUGCUAGUACCUAUUCCUCCUCCUCCUCCUCCUCCUUGUGAGUUUCUGUACCCACAGGCAUUCCUCACUGAACCUCAUGAGAUGUUAGGAGACACAAUGAAGAAAAAAUGGUCAACCCCAACAAUAAUUCAGAGCACCACAGCCCCUGAGCUGGAGCGUAAGAACCUGGAAUGGGAAGAAAAACUGUUGACAAAGUUAAGCAAGACUACAGCUCAGUGGAUUGUGAAUAAUCAGCCUUCCUGGGGAGGCUGGAUUCAAGGUAAGCCACGGGGUUUCAAGAGGCAAAAAUAUGACUGGAACAGCAUCCGGUACGUACUCCCUAUUGAAAGUGAUGUGGACUUACUGGAUGAAAUUCAGGCAGAGGAUGAAGUUGUGGAAGGUCGUAUUCAAAGGCAGGAAGUGAAGAAACUAGAGAUACCUCUCACUACCUAUUAUAGGACACCAUCUUUCCACACGAGAAUGCUGACCCUUGAUGAUCCAACUUCCAGCAACGAAACAGCAGAUAAAAUAUCAGAGAAGAGUCUCAAACCGGUGUCUCCUAUUAAACAUCAUGAACGGCUGAGCUCCCGGGUUGGGAAAUACUCUUAUACCACUCAAAAUGUCUUUGAACAAGAGCUCUAUUUUGGGUCAGCCAAUAUUGUUCAUCAAGAUUCCAAGAAGGAUCGUUUGGUUAUGGAUAAUCAUGAUGAAUAUUAUAAACAUCUCGAGCAACGCUACCCAAGACCUCCUGAGCUCUGGAGCUUCAAGCCAGCAAAAAAGACAGUUCAAAGGGUGCAGAAAGGAGCCAUCCACUGGACAGCACUUCCCACUCUUGUUGAAGACUUUGCUAAAUUUGGUGAAGCGCAAUCCCCUGUAUCAUCUGGGAGGAAAAGAGAGCCCCGAAGAAGGCUCGAAGAAGAUGUGCCUGAGGAGAUUUGUAUCCGUAGGAAUAUGCUAGAACAGUGGAAGGCUGCCUGGAAAUUUGAUCCUCGGUGGCAAUCAGCAACUAUAGAAGGAUUAAUGAGAGAUCCUGUAGACGUGCAUGUUCAAAACCGGAUAAAUGCUAUACUUAUCUGUGCGUCUGCUGUGCUUGAGCGGACCCAGGCAUUCCACGAUCCAAGUCAAGAGACAGUAAUAGGAAUAGAAUCUGUUGCAAAGGGUUUCAAAGUUGAGGAUGUACCAAAGAAAAUCCAGCCUUUGCUUAAAAACACCCUGUUUGAUAAGGAUGCCCAUGUACGAAUGGCCGCUGCAGUGUGCUUCUAUGUCAUAGGCGAGUGCAAUGAAAAGGCCCAGGCCAUCAUGAGGAAUGCUCUGAUCAAUGGGAAUACUGCAGACAGCUGGACAGCAGCUCAGGCCCUGGCACUGGACGGCAUAACCAGUUUCCCAGUCGUGAAAAGGAUCCUGUCUCAGAUUUUCGAUGACAAGGACGAUGCCACAGAAGAUCAGGCUUGUCUUCUGUUAUCUCGGCUCAGCAAACACACAGGCUUAGUUCAUUGUUUGCUGGCAUCUGAACUGAACAGCUAUCAAUGGAACCGUCGAGUUUUGGCCUGUAAAACGUUAUCUCGUAUUCGUGGGAGUGUCAGCCAGGAUCUCAAGAACAAAAUUGUUCAGCUGAUGUGGGCAGAUUGGAAGUUUGAUGUACGCCAGGCAGCUGCCAAAGCUUUGGGACAUUUGGAGCUUGGGAAAGAAGUCCAUGACCAGCUCAGGGAGGGGCUGAAAAGAGGAAAUUACCGGAUGAGGGUGGAAGCUCUUUCGUUGAUUGGCUGGCUGAAAUUCAUGACAGCCAGGCUCCUCCCUGGCUUUCUUCGAUGUUUCUCCGACGACUUUGUAGCUGUCCGAAAAGAAGCCUGCUGGACAGCUGCAAUACUUAAGAUUAAAGAAGAGAUGGUGCUUAAAUGCCUUUUUAAGAUGAUGCAGACUGAUCCACUAUGGAAAAUAAAGGCUCUAGCCAUCAGAGCUCUGGGUCAAAUAGGUGAGGCAAGCCCCUACCUAAAAGAGCUCCUUCUCUGGGCCCUUCAUUAUGAAGAAGAUCCUGGGGUACGAAGGGAAGCCUGCCGUAGUAUCAUCACCCUCAAGAUGCAGGAUGAAACCGUUCGGGCUACCUUACUGGAGAGAAUGAUACUGGAACCAAAUGAGUUGGUCAAAGAGGAGGUGAGUCGUGCUGUGACAACUUUCAAUUUUGAACAGGAAGAGGAACAAGAAAUGAUCCAGAAGAUCAAGGACAAGAUUGCCACAUUAAGCCAAAAAGACUUGGUGAUUGAGAAACUGUUAAAACUUCAAGAGAUAACAGAGAACACUUGGCAUGAAGCCCAUCGCAUCUAUCGUGAGAAGGGAGAUGUCUUUGCAUACAGAGAGAUACGGGACAUCUUCUUUGCUGUUAUUCAAGCCACUUUCACUGAACAAACUAGCUGUCCAAGCAGGAAGUUCUCGAAGUUAUGGACUGCGAUCUUAAAUUUACUACCUUGGUUGGGAAUCCCAUCAAACCCAUGGACACAAAAAGCCUUCUUAGAAGCACUGGAAAUACACAAUGCUGAGAAACAGAAAUGUGCCAAGAAACCAAAAACACCCACAGAAAAGCAGAAAGAACCCAGAGUCAUCAAGAAGAAUGAAGAUACAACAGCCACUGUCCAUUUUGUGCCAUGAUUAUUCCAGUUGUGUAGCUGAACCUGUUACUGUGGGAAAGAAGGGCAUCUAUUGCUGGAUCACUUUCCUGGAUGCAUUGUUACUGCCAAACCAUAGGCUGGAG